AGCUGACAGAGGCAUCUGAUUUCAAAACCUUCCAUGUUCUGGACAGUUUGCUUGAAACAGUGAUGGGCCAUAUGGGUUUGGGGCUUGGGGUGGUCUAUGCAGAUUGUCAUGGUGUGUUUCCAGAGCUGCGGUCGUUAUUCUUGCUUAGCCCUAAUGUCCAGGAAUGGAUUUAAUCUCGCCGAUUCCUUACCUCUUCACAUCACAGCGUUGUGUAAUUCGUGGAGGAGGCAAUGUGUAUAAUUGCCUAAAUUAAACACUUGGGCCUUGUGUAACGUUAAUAGUUUCUUGGCUGAAGCUUUGCAUUUGUUUCUGUUAGCAAGAGUGCAUGAACUAGUAAUUUUUGAUAGAGUUAGAAUUAAUCUGGGUGCAGAAGUUUGCAGUUUUUGCUCACUUGUGUAUUGCUUACCUGUAGCACCCUACAGAUUGCUGUGAAGUCCUCUGGAGGAAAGGGUUCUGAUUUUCAUGUCCAUAUGUCUUCCCACCCCUACUGUCACCUCUACAUCUCGUUACUCCAAGACCUACGGCUAGGUCAGAUCCUGGGGAGUUACACCUGAAGAAAAAGCAGAAGUUCAGUUAGGAUAGAAACAAUUGCAGAAAAAUGCUUUCGGUUCAGGAAGCUUAGUGACCGAAGGAUGCUCUGCUUAAAGAGUUAGGCUCCUUAUCCCAUCAGCACAUCUGACAGGACAGGCUAGCCGCUUAGGCUAUGAUAAUCUUAAAACUGUCAAAGCCAGAUGCUUGUCUGACGCUGCAAGAAUUUGAAGAAUGGAGCAGUAGAUGAGCAGGCAGCGUAGAAGCAACCCUGUUCUCCCAGCCCUGCAAGAAGAGCUCCAUGAUUUCGUCUGAUGCAGCAAGAAAUCAGGCAGCAGCAAUGAGCUACCUGGAUGAAGUUCCCUUCCGGGCAGCCAUAAGCCUCAGUGGAGACUCAGCGGCAGAAAACACUUUAAUCACUGCCCCGGCUAUCGAGCUCCCCGACUGCACCGACAUCCUCAUGAGCACCAUGCAUGACUUCUCACUGGAAAGAAAAGUGCUUUACUGGGUAGAGGUGGCUUCUCAGCAGCAAACCUCCCGGCAUCAGGUCACCUCCGAAGUCAUCCCCACAGCUCCGCCGUGCUGGCUGCUGCUGGUGGAUCCUGCCGACAGCUGCGGGGGGCGAGCACGGGACGGGGCGGUGCGGCGCAGCAUCAGCCUGAGCUCUGCCCACAGCAGCUACGGGCACACCGCGGGCAGAGGUGCCUUGCCCGAGAGCGAGAGCUGGCACUCAGAGGAGGACGAGUACUCUGAGGAUGAUGAGUAUUCCUCAACCUCCUGGGAAGACAACGACAAGGAUGAAAAGCUUCCCAGGAGGCGAAGCACUGAGAGAGGUGUGGCUCUGCGUCCUGGUUUUUACCAGCCCCGACCAAAGACAUCGCCCAGCUUGCUGGAGCCCUCGCUGGAGAAUGGUGGCCACAAGCCAGCCAGCCCGGACCCGAGCAAGCAGAGAAGAUCCAUGGUGAUAUUUAACAACAUGAAGAACGAGCUGGAAGCUGCCAGGAGGAAGCUGGCUGCUUUGGUGCAUCCUUUGAACAGAACCACCACGGAGAGCAGGGGGGUCCCGGUGUCCCGGCCGCUGCCCCGGCGCCCCCGCACCAGCCGCAGUGUCAAGUAUGGGCCAGCCCCAGAUGUGUCCCGGCUGGGGACCUUGGUGCCAGCUCCUCCAGCUGCCCCAAUCCCCCCAAUCAAACGGCAUAAGCCCACGGUGCCGUCCCUCAGCCCCUACGCCUGCCUCCCCCCGGCCUCCGUGCCUGCGCAACCUCUCAGUUCCCACAGAUCCCAGAGGGAUUCGGCGGCUGACCUGCUCUUGGCUCUGAGCCAAGAGGAGCGGGACCUCAUCGAGCCUGUUAUAGCCUUGGGCUAUCCCACCCACAAAGCCAUCCUCACCCUCCAGAAGACUGGAAGGCAAAGCUUAAGUCAGUUCCUGAGCUACCUGAGUGCCUGUGACCGGCUGCUGAAGCAGGGCUACGAGGAAGGGCAGGUGGAGGAGGCCAUGGAAAUGUUCCAGUACUCUGAGAAGAAGGCAGCUGAAUUCUUGCGUCUGUUAGCUCAGUUUAACGACAUGGGUUUCCAGCAAAAUGAAAUCAAAGAAGUUCUUUUGCUUUGUGGGAAUCAGAGGGAGAAGGCGCUGGAAGAGCUUGUGAUGAAAGCGCAGUGACCAGCGUGCUGGCCACCCAUCGCCGCUUCCCCUUGCCAGACCGGACCACCGAAGGACUCGGGUGGGUCCGCACACGCUCACCCUUCUGCUCCACCCCCACGCCAGGCAACACGGCUCACCGGGCACAAACCUUCACGGCAUGGGCUUGGUGUCUCAUCUCGGUUUAUGGACAUCCAUCGUAAGCGUGUUUGUCACUGUACUGGGGCAAAGGCUUUAUAGCGGGAGUGUUUCUCUCCCCUCCCCCUCCACCCCGCCCCCAUCUCCACCCUUGAUCAUGGUAGUUGUCUAGAUUGGAUGUCAUAAAAUCCAAACCACCUUUGGCUUAGAUUUUGCAAAACCCAAACUGCAGUUUUCUCCCUCCACCUGGGAUGACGGGUAUCGUGUUUUCAAUUACAAUCAAGUGUGGAUUCUUAAAAGAUUGUGUAAAUCAACAGAAGAGAUUGUUUUCUUGAAAACUGAAGGCCUCUGCAGAAACAUUUGUUGAUCCUUGCUCAGGAUGAGUCUCAGUUGACUUGGUUGAAUAUUGCAAUUGAAAUCCAGUCCAAUCACAUUAGCUUCUCCUUUUAAACCAGAAACUUGGGAAAAAUACACAAUUUAGUGAGGGUGAGGAGAGAAAACAGGCUGCCCUCGCUCUAGAAAUCCAUGAAGUUUAUUCAGUGCAAUGAAAAAUGGCUUAUGCAAGGGUUUGUGCUCGGGGAGUUCAAUGAAAUCAGAACAGAGAGAUGGGGGAUGGCUCGGCCAUCCUCGUGCUCUGCCCACGGGAGAACUCAGGGGAUGCUUCCCUAAACUGCGGAGACAGUGGCUCCACGUGACGUUAAGCACAAGUGUCAGGAACAGGAAAAUCUGGGUACCUGGGGGAAUUUUUGUAUGUAACUGAAGAAUGGAGAAUGGGAGAUUCAGAUCACCUUACAGGACGUGUCUCCUGGCUUGGUAGUGGAGCAGUGGGCAGUGUUUUCACAUGAAAGUGUAUUUUUUUUCCUGUGAAUUAGAUAUAAAUGUAAUUUCCUUGAGUGACAAUGGUUGGAGGGGUGGUUAGGAAACGUAUUUGUGUCUUUUCGUGUGAAAAUGCCAACUUGCACAACCUAGCAGAGAAAAUAGUUAAUUAGUUGCAUUAGUACCAUUUUUCCAUUGUAUCCUUCUAAACGAUCUUCCAGCCCAACGUACUGCCAUCGAGCUAAAACACCGUGUCCCCGCUCCCCGCAUCUCUAGGUAGGUGCCAGACACCAGCGGGAGGGUACAGCCCACCACGGCUGCCUUCAUCCUUGCCUGCGUGCAGCAAGGAAACGUGGCAUCCAGGUUUUGGGGGACUUGACCCAUCCAUACCCGAGGAUGUUUUACACCUGUUCGUCUUUAAUGGCAUUGAAAAGGAAAACGUGGCACCUUGUAUGGCCAAGGGAGAUAAUUUGUGGGGAGCUCACAGGCUCUUCCUGGAGCUUCCAGCCUUGUUUUUCCUCCAGCUUUCCCUUGGUUAUACAAGCUUUUAUUUUUGUUACGGCCCUUAUAAGGCAAGUCCAUUCUACAGACAGCUUUUCAUUACGUACAUCCUUGCCAAGAUGAUGUCACCUUAAAAAAGAAACUUGCAAAAGGUUAAACUGUGAUUAGAUAGGUCGCUUUGCCUCAAACUGUAAUCUUUGGCGGGGUAAACACCGUGAAGAUUGAAAGGGGAAGAUAACGGUGCUGUGCUGGUGCCAGUAAUGUGUAAUGCUGAGGGCUAAAUUCUGGUGGAGCGAGGCACGUUGGCAGCAGCGUGCCCACUCACCGUGCAAAGGCUGAGCAGCCUCUCACUCUUGUUAAGAGAGAUGCUUGAUCCUGGCUCAUCGUUUUUUCUCCCUGUUUGCGGGGGUAAGAACUGUUAUCUUUUUUCCUCUCUGUGCACCUGAAAUUGUCUUGUGUUACUUUCUGGAUUGAUGGAUGCAACAACUCACUCCUCUCUCGGGAGCAUCCAUGCCAUACCCAACGGUGCCUGCCAAGACCUGCCCUCCCCCGCAGGUGCUGCACUUGAAAUCUUAAAACCUUUCGCAUUUUGUUGGCAAAUAUCUUUGUAAACCCCUGAACUGUCAGAAAACAGCAGGUGAAGGUGUGGGGAGAGGUUGCAUUGCUUGGUGGUGUUGGGGCUGGAGGGAAGGGGAGAGCCUGCCAGGUUCAGCUGUCCCAGGUUAGCCACAGGAGCCCAUCAUAAAUAUUUUAGUAGCAGAAUUAUUUUAACUUUAUUUCAAUGGUGGUUUAAGCUGUUUUUUCAGCUUAAAAUGGCUUUAAAGCAGUGUGCUUCCAUGUGCUGCUUUCAGUUAGGAGAAGACAACGUGAAAUGUUAAUUGGCUUCGUCUAGGAAGGGAACAAGGGUUUGACUUGAUGGUCUUUCUGCUAAUGGUCUGCCCGAGGGUAGUAACACCGCUCAGCUGACGCUGCAGCGUGGUGUAGAGCUGGGUGAGACCCACCAAUGUCCCCUGCCUCCCCCAUGCCGCCACCACCUCCACCGGCUGCCGAGCCCACGCCAGCGGUGACAGCGGGUGGUGGUCUGGCCCAGUGGCAGAGGGCACGUGGGGACAAGGUGCAUCAAGCGGCUCUCAAUCUGGACAUGGAGGCGAGCUGGGGUUUUCUUGUUUGUUUUGGUUUGUUGGUUGUGUUGUGUGGGCUUUUUCUCAAAUGCGGGAACUGUUUUGAAAAUGCUGAGAACUUGGCAAGGGUCAGCAGUGGAGGUAUUUGAGGCAUCCCAGCUGGUAUUCCCUUCCGCUCCAUCUCAGCCAGGACGGCACGGGCAGCCCCACGCCUGCCCCACGGAUGGGAACCCAGCUUAGCCAUGGGCUGGGUUUGCUGCUGCCCUGGUCCCUGCAGAUCUCCCAGCACCUGUGGUCGCAAAAGGGAGCUCUGUGUCCUCCAGCCACCCCCAGAGCUGGUGUUGAGGGCUAGCAGCCUUCAAACCCAGCCACUGGUAUCUGGCGGGAACUCUCGCCUGGCUGUGGAGCUCUGCUGACAGAAGACCUCUGCAAGCCCGGCGCCGCCAUGCCAUGGUGAUGCUCUUUCCUUCCCUUUUUGCACCCCCUGUAUUUCCAAGUUUGCCGCCUCCUCAGAAGACUCUGUCUUGGCUCAAAUGAGCCACCACUGAUGGCCAGCACUUGCCACCCCCGUUGGGGCUGUGCUGGGGCUUGGCAGACAAGCCUGGAGGAGGCGACAGCUGGCUGAUGCUCCUGGGGGGUGACAGGUGGUUCCCAGGCCCCAGAAACCCCUCAGUGCAUUAAGCACCUGAUGCUCAGGAGAUGCUUUCCUUCACCCCCACACCUCCCCUCCUCCUCCCAGGACCCCGCUGUGGCCGGGAGCUGUGGAGGUCUCCCCGGGGAGAGCGGGGCUGCGUGAGAACCGCGCUCCCACGUAUGGCUCUGAAACGGAGCCACAGCUGAAAAAGCAUUCAGUGGGUAGGAGCAAGCCUUGACGUGGAUCCCCAUUAGGAGGUAUUUUCCUUCAGAAGCGGGGGGUGUGUGUGUGUGUGAAAAAACCCCAAACCCAAGAGUAAUGAAAAACACAGGGAGGGUUUAUAGCUUUCCUUUUAAUUCCAGGAUAUAGUGAAUGAUUUCCCGUCGGAGCAGCGAGGAGGUGGGAUGCUGCACAUCUUCAGAGUGCAGUCAGAAUAAAUAAAAUAAAACCUGUGUUUGCAUCUCUCUGGUAUCUGUCCUCUGCAGAAGCCAUGAAGCCCUGCAUGUAGUUGGCUUGUGAGCCCACGUCUCGUAGGAUUCUGCACACAGCCUGCAGUGCAGGCACAGGCAGGCAGCAGCUGCCUCCAGCCCCUUUCCCUCUGGCAGCAUCUAGUGCCACCUCCAAGGUCCAACAUCAUGUAUCCCUGGACCUGAGCACGGCUCUG